AGAGAGAGAGAGAGAGAGAGAGCUUUAAUAACCCUGUGUGGUUUACUGCACUGACAGCAGCUGUGCCUGACUCUCAACUCAGGAUCAUUUUAACAUUUCUUCUUCACCCUGCUUGAAAUCUUUACCAGAAAAAAAGAGCCAUCAUGGGAAAAGUGGAAGGUGGAAUGAAAUGUGUGAAAUACCUGCUCUUCAUAUUCAACUUCAUAUUCUGGUUACUGGGUUCUCUGGUGUUGGCUGUUGGUUUGUGGUUGCGGUUGGAAAAAGACACAGUGUCUCUCCUGGACAGUGACACAGCACCGGACACCUUCUUCAUUGGAGUGUACAUCCUGAUCGCAGCAGGGGGUUUGGUGAUGCUGGUCGGGUUUUUCGGAUGCUGUGGUGCUGUUCGAGAGUCUCAGUGUCUCCUUGGCUCGUUCUUCGCCUGCCUCCUGAUCAUUUUCGCAGCUGAAGUUGCGGCUGGUGUGUUUGGAUUCCUGAAUAAAGAAACGAUCAUUGAGGACAUUCAGACAUUUUAUAAAGAAUCUGCUAAAGACAGUAACGGCACGGCGAUUCUCACCAGCUACCAUCGAGUCCUGAAUUGUUGCGGCACUGCAGAUACACAAAAAACUCAGUGUCCCGACCGCUCACCUGACACCAAGAAUUGUGAAGUAGCCAUUGAAGAGUUUUUCAACAGUAAACUCUUUAUCAUCGGAUACGUGGGCAUCGGAAUCGCCGGAGUCAUGAUUAUCGGGAUGAUCUUCAGCAUGGUGCUGUGCUGCGCAAUCCGGAACAGCCGUGAGGUCAUCUAACUUUAUGACUUUUUGACCUUUAACUUCUGCGCCAAUUUUUUACAGACACAACAAGAGCUUCGAGAUCAACAAAAAUCUCAUUUUCCAUCAUUCAGAAAAUCCAGUCAGAAGCUAAUGGAAGGAUUUCUUACUUUAAAACUUUUUUAGUUAGAUUGGAUUUAUUAAUAUUUUUCACUUUACCUGCUGGAUAGGUGUCGUAAAUAUUCCGUUUGUGAAGCUGUUUUAAGGAAUUUAAUUUAAUUUAUGUUUUUCUGUCUAUGUUUAAAUCUACUGGAGGCUGUUGAGGUGUGUAAUUUAAUGUCUGGAGUCUCUGGGGUCACAUGACCGAGGGAGAUUAGACCAGUGAUAUCCAGUAUGUGAUAGCGAGCGUAAAUAAUAUGUGAAGUCGCGUUUAACGGUGCGAGUGCAUUACCACAGGAAGGAUGUUUAAGAGGCAUUUGUAGUGAACAUGCUGUGUGGUUUGGGACACGUCCACAGUAGACUGAUGAUGUUAAUCUAGAAUUAGUGCUUGACAGCUGGUAGAUAAAUAAUCCUUGGUAGUGCACUCAGUCUUUGGGACCUGAUUAACACCAUAUCUGUCAAUUUGUAUUGCAUUUUCAACGUUUGCUCAUAUCCAUGUCGCAUACAUAGUCGCUGCCUUUCAGAGGACAGAUUUGUACAUAUUGUUGAGAUUUAUACCCCAUUUUCGUAAUGUGUGUGAUGGUGAAUAUCUGUGACGUGCUGUUGUUCUGUGUAGAAGCUAGUCAUUGUCAUUUUAAGUGAUGUAUACAAUCAAUUAAGGUGCCUUGCUCUUUUAUAUGACUUAUAUAACAUGAGAUCUUCAACCCGGCCAGUUCAUAUAAUACAGAUGCAGCUUUCUGUGUUCCGGUCCUGUUUUUAACACACACUUGUCCACUUCCACUUGGUUGAGGCCAUUCCAUGACCUUACCAGAUUGAGGAAAUGUGUUGUGUAAGUUUUAGACGAAGGAUCAAGUUGACCAACGUUCACAUUAGCAUGUGAGAAAUUGUUCGUGUCACUUGUAGUUUCUCACUGAACGUAGGGUAAGACUUACUUCAGGAAAACAAUUUACUCAGAAGCCAUUUCCCCUUUUUCAAAAUGGAGAACAAAACUGUAGUAAACUGGAGCACAAAAAAACUCCACUUCCUAAACUGCUUUACUUUUCUUCUGAGUAACUAAUUAACAUACCAGCUAGCUAGCUAGCAUGCCAGUGUAGAAAAGUAUUCCAUCAGCUGUUAUAGUUUCUGUGGUGUUUGGUGUGGAUAGUGAAUAAGGUGUGUGACUAACACAGAUGAUGAACGGAGAUAGUGAGGGGAAGUCGACAAGUGUGCACUGGAAACAGGAAUGAAACGCCUGAUUAGUGAAAACACAUUAAAAAAAAACCAUGGACUGAAUGAAGACCAGUAGUAAUACUGAACGUUUCCAUAAGUAGGUGUAGUUUACUAAAUUCUCUUCUUGCAGACGUUUAGGCAUGUGCUGAUAAUAUACAGUAUAUAUAACGCAGUACUCAACAAACGUGACACAGUUACCAUUAUUUUGGACACUUAGGUCAUGAUUGGACUCCCAGGAUAAACUCUGUCCUAUACGUAUACAGUAUAUAUAGUGUAUAUACAGUACUGUGCGAACGUCUUAGACACCCGAAUUUUUUUAAAUACAAUUUUUGAAAUUUUGUCUUAAAUGUUUAUUUUAUGACUUCUGCAUUAUUGAGUCAAUAAAAAAUUGGAUUCCAAACAUUACUUUUCCAAAAUGUAAAUGUUAAAGGAAAAUGUUUGUAUGGCAGUAAAGAAAGCAACAUAUUACAUAAUUCACCACUUUUCAGCCAAAAAUCAUAAUGAAGUCUGCUCAGUUUUAUUUGUAAAAACAGAAACUGGUAUGAGUGUCAGAGUAUCCAGAGGAAGUGUGACAGGUCCUGCAUGAUGCUCAGAAAAACUUCUACCAGCUACUUUCGUUAUAAAACUGCAAAAAGUGUAGCUGAGACGACUGAUGCAUUUUUAAACAGCAAAGGGUUGGUAGAUAUAAUAUUGACUUUGUUUAGUUUAUUACUGGUUACUGCUUUUAACAGUGAAUUUGUUUUAUGUACAAAUGUUAAAUUUCAUUAAACAUUGCUUUAUAGCUUUUCUUUGCACACACACACACAUAACACACACACACACACAUAUAUAUAUACAGACUUUUUUACAGUACUGUGUGUGUGUGUGUGUAUAUAUAUAUAUAUAUAUAUAUAUAUAUAUAUAUAUAUAUAUAUAUAUAUAUAUAUACACACAUACAUACAGUACUGUGCAAAAGUCUUAGGCACAUGCAAAGACAUACAAAGAAAAUAAUUAAAUGAAAUGUUUCUACAUUUAAAAAAAUAUUUGGUGUGAUGAUCCUUUGCUUUAAAAAAAAUAGUAGUUUCAGGUACAAUCAGUGCAGUUUUAUAAGGAAAUGAGCUGUAAGUGUUACUGAGCAUCUUGCAGAACCAGUCACAGUUCUUCUGGAGGCUUUGACUGUCAACUCGCUUCUUAUUUUUGCAGCGAAACCCAGCAGCCUUCAUUAUGUUUUUUUGUCUGAAAAGUGUCUCUUAUGUAAUCUGCUGCUUUCUUUACUGACAUACAAACAUUUUUCUGUAACAUUUAAUUUUGUGCUGGAAAAAUAAUGUUUGGAAAUCUAAAAAGUUUUUGUACUGAAUCAAUAAUGUAGAAGUCAUAAAAUAAAAAUCCAUAACAAAGUUUGUACUAAAAAAAAUAGGGUGUGUAAGACUUUCUGCACAGUAUAUAUAUAUUUCCCAUCUAUGCUUUUGCACACGGCUACAAAAUUGCCAAAUAUGUGCAAUAUAUACUGGAUACAAAGCUUAAAAGUAAGUGGUGCAACACUACCAGAUGUAAAAUGAAACGUAAAUUUAAAUUUAGCUCAAAACAUUAUUUAAUCGAAUCUCUGUUAAUGUGUCCGUGGAUUUGUUUGUGUCCGAGCUAAAGGUGAGCGUGAUGAUGUAUAAUGAAGCUGAAUCUCAAAUGAUACACAGCUGAGAUACACAUUAACAUCAUGGUGUUGCGGAAACAAUUUAAAAAGGAUCAAAUUUAAUAUCAGCACAUGCCUAAAGCUGAUUAACAACAGAACCAUAACGUAAACAGGGAACCUGAGUGUUGGUUUGAGACGUGUGUGUGUGUGAGUGUGUGUGUGUGUGUGAGAGCUGGCUCAUCUCUUCACGGCUGCUCAGAAUGUAGGAAAUGCAUGUGCAGUAUGUUGUAUGUAACGUUGCAUGGCUUUCCAUAGCAGCUUAGGUAAAACCUUGUGUGUUGUAAUUAUUUUUUUUAACAAGCUUGUUUUUCGUACUGUAAACAACACAGCAUUGCCGCUGUUGGUUGUUUUUGUUGUUGUUUUUUUGGUAUUGAAAAGUGUAAUUUAUUUAUUGGCUGAUGAGUUCAAACAGCAGUUAGGCUUCUCAGGAUAGCAGACUGACAUAAAAGAACAAAUAAACUUUUCUGAGGUUUUA